AUGGGAGACAUGGAGUUUGCUAAAGCUCAUAAUUCUGCAAUUUUUCUUGAAGAUCCUCCUGCAGCCCACAGUGACUUGAAAUUCAUUAUGGAUGGUUUGAAGAAAUCUUGCCUGGUUCAUUGCUUAACUACAAAUCCUGUAAUCUACCAAUGUUUGAUUAAGGAUUUCUGGAGAAAUACUGAAGUAAAGAAGAAUGAUCGAGGUGAAAUUUAUUUGGAAACAACAAUCGAAGACAAGAGAAUUCUAGUUACAGAAAGCAUCAUCAGAGAAUCUCUUCAAAUUGAGGAGAGACCUGAGUACCUCAUGGAGAUUGAAUUUCAUCAAAUUGAGAAAGUUUUGGAGCAUAUGGGAUACGAAGGAACUUUUCCUCCUACAAUCAAAAAGCUGCUUCCUCCAUGCUGGAAGCUUUUGGCUCAUGUGUUCAUGAGUUGCAUUUCUGGCAGGAGAUCAGGAGCUAACGAGAUUUCUCUAGCCAAUACUGGUGCCAUUGCUGCAUUGGCAGCAGGUUUUGAGUUUAAUUUCUUAAAAUUCAUAAUGAACAAAAUGAUACUGAAUAUUGAAGGAAGAAAAAGAGACAAUUUUUGUAUGUAUCCAAGAUUUCUACAAAUCAUCCUUAAUGAUGUCAGAGAAGAAGCAGCAGAUCAUUCCAUGCCGAUGGAAAAUGAAGACACUCAUCACUCUCCCUUCGAGCCUAUAAUGGAGGAGAUUCAUCACUCUCCCACAGCUUAUGUAGCUGAUGAGCAUGAUUAUCAGAAAGCAAAUGAUUCAAUAUCUUCUCGGGGGGAUGACGACGAUGAUCUUUAUGAAGAUGUAGAUUUUUUGAAAGAAAUCGACUUUACAGGAAUCAAUGAUGAUAUUCCAACAAACAUCGAGUUUGAUUUUGGUGAUGAAGAUUUUGAUCCUUAUCUUGAUAUUCCCAGCAGCCGUGCAAAUAAAGUCAAUGAAGUUGCUUCUCUAGCAACCAAGACUAGAGAUGAAGGAAAUUCUCUCAAAAAUCUGCUCUCUUCCUCAAAGCCCUUGGAAAUCACAACAAGUCAAGGAGAUGUGACAUCAGAGAUGCCUCCCUCUGUGUCACCUGUCUCAACAUCAACUCCAGUCAUUUCUAUGUUAUCUGAACCUCAGACUUCUUAG